CGCGAAUUACUGUUCAACGAAGACCAGGCGGCGGAGUCUUUGAUCGAGCACCAGGAGUACUGGGAGCGGAUCGUGUUUUUCGUCAAUUUUCAGAUGGACUGCCUGCGGUUCUGCUGGGGACGGGCGUUACUCUUGCGGAUCUCCCGCUACGAGCUGUUUCUGUUUUUGGUCUUGAAGGAUAGCUUGUACCACUACCGGCACUUUGGGGUCUGUUACAUCGACGCGGUGCGCUCCUUAAUGGUAAAAGUGUUUGAGCCGAGCGGGGGAAAGGUCGGGCUAGAGCAGGAGGUGGAGCAGGUCGUGGAGUCGGAGUCGAGCUCUGAGGAAGAAGCUUUUUCGGACGAAGAUGAUGCUGAUGCAACAAGUAAUGCCGACGGAAUUUUCGCGGACCAGGAAAGCAAAAACGACUUCUGCGCAACAUCUUCAAAAAACGACAACAUCAGCAGUCCGACGAUUCCCAAUGAAAACUCCACAACCAGCGCGCCAAAUGUGAACGCUGCUUCAUCUUCUUUAGCUGGUUGUUCGGGAUCUCCGGUGCCCCCAGCGGCAAAAGCGAAAACAAGCCCUCCGGCCUCAGGAGGAACUCCUCCAGCAGCUGCCGCUGCAAAGCAAGGCCAGGGUGGACAAGUCGGUGAGGACGUGGGCGCCGCGGCGACCUCCACAUCAGAUGUUGCAAAAGGAGAAGAUCCUCAAACGCACACUCCCGCCGCACAGGUGGCGCAACAACAAGAUCUCACGGAGGAAAAGCCUUCUUUUCUGUCAACCGCGAAACGCAAUUUCAAGUCUCUGACUUCGAUUCCGUCAUUUCUCACUGCCGUGUGGAAGUACGAAAUCGAUUUCCAGCAAUUAGCUACAGCGGACGAUCAGGUGUCGAAGAGCACGCAACUGAAUUCGCUUUUCAAGAGCAACCGGAGGGGCAGCGUCGACAGUACGAUCGCGCUGUUAACGGGUGGAGCAGGUGGGC